AUGUCAGAUAGGAUGCUUCGGAAGUCACAUGAAACGUCACUUCGUUUACGGCACUAUAAAAAGCAACGAUGCAUAGGUGACAACGCCAUUUGUAAUACAAGUGCUAAACUAGAAGCUAAUUUUAGUGGGGCAACAGCGAAAGGUGGAUUCAUUUUAUUACUUUUUCCAAAUUUGGCUUUCCAUUUUAGAAUAGCGAUUAAAAACUCAACAAAAUGA